CUUAUUGGUUGCGGUAGCGGCAGUGGGAGAAGCCAAAUAGAGUUUCCUGUAGCUAAUUAGUUAGCCAGACUGAGGCUGUUCCAAAAGUUUUUGGUUAAUAUCUUGAACAGGAUUUCACCUCCGUUCCCACCCUGGCAAACAGCAGAUGAGGUUCCUCUGCAGGAAGCUUCCCCGCCAGCACCGAACACAAACCACUAGAGAGAGAGAGAAUGUCAGGCUGAAAGAGGAAGCUGCAGAAAGGAUGAUUUCCGAUGCGGAGUGGGAGGACAUGUUGGAGGGUUUCGAUGAGAGGAGUUACCUGAACGCCCGACGCUGGAAGCCCGGUGACGACCCGUACACCCUGUAUGCCUUCAACCAGAGAGAGAGCGAACGCAUCCCCAGCAACAGAGCCCUGAGAGACACGCGGCACUACAGGUGCACCCUCCUCCACUAUGACUCUGAUCUUCCUCCCACCUCCAUCAUCAUCACCUUCCACAACGAGGCUCGAUCCACCCUGCUCCGCACUAUACGGAGCGUUUUAAACCGGACUCCGAUCCACCUCAUCCACGAGAUCAUCCUGGUGGACGACUUCAGCAACGACGAAAGCGACUGCCAGCUUCUGACCAAACUGCCCAAAGUCAAAUGUCUUCGCAACAACAGGAGAGAAGGUCUGAUCAGAUCCAGAGUGCGGGGGGCCGACGCCGCGAGGGCGGGAGUCCUCACCUUCCUGGACAGCCACUGUGAGGUCAACAAGGACUGGCUGCCUCCCCUCCUGCAGAGGAUCAAACAGGACCCGACCCGUGUGGUCAGCCCCGUCAUCGACAUCAUCAACAUGGACACAUUUGCCUACGUGGCGGCCUCUGCUGAUCUCCGUGGAGGGUUUGAUUGGAGUCUUCACUUUAAGUGGGAGCAGCUGUCGCCAGAGCAGAGAGCUCGCCGGACUGACCCGACCCAGCCUAUCAAGACUCCCAUCAUCGCGGGCGGGCUCUUUGUGAUUGACAGGUCCUGGUUCAAUCACCUCGGCAAAUACGACACCGCCAUGGACAUCUGGGGCGGGGAGAACUUCGAGAUCUCCUUCCGGGUGUGGCAGUGUGGCGGCAGUCUGGAGAUCCUACCCUGCAGCAGAGUGGGUCACGUCUUCAGGAAGAAACACCCGUACGUCUUCCCCGAAGGCAACGCCAACACUUACAUCAAGAACACACGUCGGACGGCUGAGGUGUGGAUGGACGAUUUCCGCUUGUUCUACUACUCCGCUCGUCCUGCAGCAAGAGGAAAAUCUUACGGAGACAUCGGAGGCAGAGUGGAACUCCGCAAGAAGCUCAAGUGCAAAUCCUUCAAGUGGUACCUGGACAACGUUUACCCAGAGCUCAAGGUCCCAGAUGACUCUGACUCUCAGUCCGGGGUGAUCAGACAGAGGCAGAACUGUCUGGAGUCUCGCAGGGUGGAGGGCCAGGAGCUGCCUGUCCUCACUCUGGCUCCCUGCGUAGGAACAGAGGGGGUCCCCGCCAUCAACCAGGAGUGGGUUUACACUCACGGGCAGCAGAUCCGUCAGCAGCAGCACUGUCUGUCUCUGUCCACCACCUUCCCUGCCUCCCAGGUCCUGCUGCUGCCCUGCAACAUGGCCGACGGCAAGCAGCGGUGGCAGAAGUCGGGGACUCACCUGGAGCACCUCGUCUCUCGGUUCUGCCUGGACUCGGAGAUGGCUCUGGACGGGAUGGACUCUUCUCGGAUGCUGGUCAUCAGCCCCUGUGAACUGAGCGCCUACACACAGAGAUGGGAAGUCCCCUUCUCCUGACCCCCCUAACCCUGUGACCCCCCGUCGCCCCCGUCACCCAUUCACCGCCUCAAAGACCCCGGCGGGGGGGGGGCAGAGACAGCUGCUCGGACAGAGUGGAGAUGCAUGAGAGCGUUGAGGGUCGCUGGAGGGAAACUUGACUAUGAGAGGAAGGUGGUAGCUCACAUUUCAAGUCCUGAUUUAUUGAAAGAUCUUUGCAGGAUGAAGACACGUGAAAUGUGUCUCUGAUGCUGUUUGUGGAAGAGUAAAAAAAAAAAAAACCAAGUGCACCUUAAAACCCCUGAACUGUCAAAGAUUUGAGUCGGACAGAAACUUUGCUUGAGGAAAAACUAUAUCAGAAUAUGUGUCUUAUAAUCUUUUUGCAUUGAAAUUGUAAAGUUUUCUGAGUCUGUUGAAGAAUCUGCGAGCACAACUCACGUUUUUUUAGUUACUUGGUCAAAUAUCUGUCACUGUCUUUACUAGAAACGUUCAGAUCCUGAGAUCCAACCAGCAGGAUCUCAACGGAGUAAAACCUCUGAGAAACUGACAAAGAUUUGUUUUGUUUUUUUUCCUAAAGCAGAUCGAAGCAUGAAGAGAAUCUGUUAUGUAACUCAAAUUUCAAGAUGAAUUCCUACAAAAACUACAACUACAAGCUCAGCACAACGUCCACACAACUUUCUAUCAGUCAACACACAGUCCAGUUAGCUUAGUAAAACCAGAAUCACCUUAAAUGUGGAACCUGACAGUCGGCAAAAAGACCCCUGAUUGAUUUGCACCGACAGAGAUCAAGAGGAUGAAGGAGUCACUAGUGUUCACUCUUAAAUGAUCAUAUAUUAUAUUCUGUUGGUAGAAAAAUGUUCUAACAGAAUAUCAUUUCAGUAUGUUUUAAAAUGACAAACAGCAGGAAUGAAAUGUAACUUCAUCGGCUGUUUUGUCUUAUAAAACCUUUACCGAGCGCAGCUGUCAUUGGAGUUCGAUUGAGGAAGAGGAGAGAAGAAGAAAAGACCAAAGAAGGAGGCUCAUGAGCGAACGACAAAGUCUGGAUUUCAGAACAACCAGCAGCCGUCGGACGAGCCAAGACACGGAGAAACAUUGAAAUAAAUAAACGAGUCAUCAGCAGCAUCACAGACAGAAAAGGGCUACAGACGAACAGCAGCUGUCAGAGGUUCUGCAGUGUUUUCUGUGUGCUUCACUUUGCUGUCGUGCAUGUGUGCAUUUUUCUACAUGACUACAUGUGUGUUUAUUUUCACGCUACAUAAAUCUAUCAGAGCGGGAGUCCUUCAGUCUAAACACUGAUGCAUCGUUCUGGUUCUGGUUUUGUUGUCAAGGUAAAGAGUCCACACAGCUUUUGUUGGUCACAUACUUGACAUAGUUUUUUAUUUUUGAGAUGCACUGGCAGGACAUGGCGGGGGGGGUGGAGGGGGGUCGUUACUGACGGACAAACCGCAGCUGUUGUGACCCUUCAGUCAUGUGACGUUCUUCUUUGGUUUUUCAUUUCAAAUUCCAGCAGAGUCAACACUCAACUGAAGUUAACUGACCUACAAAAAUAACAAAAAAAAAAAGUCUAAAUAUCUGCUUUAACCUUCUAAACUCAUCGGUUCAGUUUCUCAUAUGAGGGAUUUUUGAGGAAACUUCUGUCUCUUUUCUCACUUUCCUGUUUGACGUCAUCAGCUGCAUCAUCUCAAUCAUUUUGAUAUCCUGUUUGACUCCUGAAUAAAGGUUUUUUUUCUAA